GCGAUGGCUUUUUGGGAUUUUUUUUUAGUAACAAAACAAAUGCCUUGUGAAUUCGAUAGUUUAGGAACCAAUUUCAAUUCGGAAAUUCCUAAAGUUUUGCUGUGCGGCCCACAUGCAAUACAUUAUUUAGUAGACGGCCUAUUGGUGGCGCUAUUCACAUUUAACGGUCAUCACCGGAACCACACCAGUCAGGUGUUCGGUCCUUCUCCUGCACACCUGUCUGCAAAGGCUUGCAUUACUUAUCCGUAUAAUCGCCGGUAUCUCGUGACCGGGGGCCUGAAAAGCUCUCUACUGUCAUGACUGUGUGGUUUGUGUAUAUAGCAAGUCAGAAAUUGAACUGAAAACUGAUUUUUCUUUCCUAAUCGUGGCUCGGGCUUAAUUCAGAGUAAGGCCAGUGACUGAUGAGCUGAUGAGUUGUCCUUCAGAUCACAAAAAACAAACUUGACACUUUAAGUUAAAUCUAAAACUUUGAUUUAUCAAUCCAGUCUGCGUAUUGUAAUGGCAGUGCUUAUGAAAUGGAGCUCCCUUGGUGUGUUGAUGCUGAUGGUUGUCCUUCUGUCAUGCUUUACAGGGUCAUCUUCAGGUUUCGAUAUAGAUGCACAUGACGUUAAAACAGAUGCUGAUGGCAAAGCAUUCCUUCUGGACGAGCAGGAUGAUUUCACGUGGGACGACUUGUCCAGUGACAGCGCCAAGAACAACACUGGCGUUAGUUCCACCGCAGUAGGUUUCAUUGGAGCGGCCGUGGCAGUCUUGUUCUUUGGCUCCAACCUGGUCCCCAUCAAAAAGGCAGACACCGGGGACGGGAUGUUUUACCAGUGGAUAGACGGCAUAGCAAUAUGGCAGGUGGGAUUGAUUGUCAACCUGGUGCGUGGCUCUCCCCCAUUCUAUCCCCUGGCUAUGCUGGGAGGCUUCCUAUGGACCACAGGCAAUGUGACGGUGGUUCCAAUCAUCAAGACUAUAGGACUCAGCUUAGGUAUUCUCAUCUGGGGCUCGUUGAAUCUCCUCACGGGAUGGGCCAGUGGACAUUUUGGACUCUUUGGCAUCAACAAAGAUAAGCUACACAAUCCGGCAUUCAACUACAUAGGAGUGUCACUUGCAAUGCUAAGGAUAGUCGUACUGCUUUUCAUAAGGCCCACUGUCCUGACCGAGCCAGUAGAUGAAUCGAGAGAAACAUACGUUGCCCAUGACGAUUCACAACACUUACAAACAACACCUCUACUGGCUGAUACCAGACAGAAGUCUGACAGUUCCAAUGCUGUAUAUACCCCCAUCGAACGGCCGAAAGAUUCCUCCUGGGUAGAUAAGCUCUCGCCGCUUCAGAAGAGAGUCGUAGGUGUGGUCAUGGCUAUUUUUGCUGGAUGUCUGUAUGGCUUCAACUUUGUACCGUGUAUCUGGGUUCAGGAUAACGUAGACGGUGCCAGCCAAAAUGGAUUGGAUUACGUCUUUGCUCAUUUCUGCGGCAUCUGCCUGACGUCGUCCGUGUACUUCAUGCUGUACUGUAUCUACAUGCGCAACCGGCCUCAGAUCGGUGUGGGUGUAGUCAUUCCCAGCGUGGUCUCGGGCGUCAUGUGGGGCAUCGCGCAGUCUGGCUGGUUCAUUGCCAACUUCAACCUGUCCGAAAGCGUUAGCUUCCCCAUCAUUACCACGGGUCCCGGCAUCAUAGCAUCCCUGUGGGGAGUGCUGCUGUUUGGUGAGAUCCGCGGUGUCAGGAAUCUCCUUGUCCUGGGGCUUGCCUUCGCCAUCACCAUCACCGGUGCCGUCUUCACUGCACUUUCCAAAUAACAUUCGAAUAAAUAAAUCACAAAGGGAUACUGACUAGGUGUAUGAUAUACUAAUUUUAAAGUUGAACAAAGCUUUAUCUUUCUGAGUGAUCCUGUUUGCUAUUUCUCAUGUUUGCAGCAUUGUUCCUGCACAGGUUGGGCGUGAUCGCUGGCUACAUGACAUAUACGGGUAUAUGGCUUCUGACUAGUGCCGCUUGAACAAAGACAUUGACAAAAUUUGGAAACCACCAACAUAUGGCUGGAUAGCUCAGUUGGUAGAGCACCGGAACGGCAAUCCGGAGGUCGCAGGUUCAAACCCCACCCCAGUCAAUUGCUUUGUUCAAAAAUAUUAUCCAAUUAUUUGAUAGCUUCUGCUUUGUGAUGAAUUAUAAAGAUAAAAAUACAAGCCAGUUCUUGUUUUACCAAAAUGGAAAGUAUUUUUGACAUUGCAAAACAUUCAGAGAGAAAUUGGCCGGAGUGCAAAUGAAUUCAACGGUGUGUGAUUUAUGUACAUGUACAUAUUCCUUAAGGCCACAAGAAAUUGUCUCAUUUGAAACUUUUUAUGAAAAUACCUCUUUUUAUAUCAAAGUCAUAUAUUAGGCCAUGAAUUUCUAAGAUGUCUGCCAAGAAACUCCUGACGGUAAAACUUUAAAAGUUGUUGAAUAAUGUUUCAUUUAAAUAACAAAUUAUAAUUGUUUCAAUCUAUAAAUGAUAUAAAUAUAUUACAUAUUUAAAAAAAGACAAAUUAAGAGGGCAAUUUUCUCAAGACUGUAUUAUACAAUGUAAAUGCAUAAUACUAAACGUCAACAGUAUUAUAAGUUCCUUCUUGCAGUAGUAUUUGUGCACGGGUGCAACUUUGUUAUAUUUAUGACGAAUGGGGAAUUAUGUAUUCUAAAAUAUAGGAAGGGGCAGAUCAUGUUGGUUCAUCAUUAAAUUGUUUGUAAGUUUCUUAAUAUCACUUUUGAAAGGAUUAUCCAGACUUGUACUUGCCACCCAAAUAUGCACUAUACAGUGAAAUCUCGAUAAGUCAAAGGCUGAUAACUCAAAACAACUGUUAAGUCAAACAAAGAAUCCAUUGCCUUCAGUAGUAUAACAAUGAUAUACAAACUCUUCCUAAGUCAAAUUUUGAACUUGUUCCUUUGAGGUUUGACUUAUCGAGAUUUCACUGUACUGAAAGUCUGUAACCAAAGUAUUUGCUUACGGUGCUUAUUCAGUAAAGGUUGUUUUGCCCAAAAUGACUCAACAAGACAAAGGACGAGCCUUCGGGAAAGCUGUUCCAAGAGUGCAAAUAGUUCUAUUCAGUAAGCCAGUUCAGUAAUUUCAACUACACUGCGCACAAUGAUCUGGGUCUCAGGUCAUUCUGUAUAAUCAAAUGCUCAUCAAAGGCGCAUGAGCGUGCAAGGAGACGGUCGCAUGACGCUCGCGUGUUAAUUACGAGCAGAAUGUGCCUUCGUGUAGCAUCGCAUAACAUCGCGUCAGCCAUUUUAUCCCAAAUGACCUUUGACCUGGACUACUUCAUCGAGACACUGAACUGACUUAUUGCCAACUAUUCACUGGAAGUCGUCUCAUGCAUCAGUGUACACAAUGGGCAGGACUUAGUCCAUUCAUUGACAUUACGGGGUAAUCCUAUACAACAGCACUGCCCGACUCACAAAUGACAGUCAGUCAGUGAGUCGAUCAGUCUGUCAGUCAGUCAGACACUAGACUGUCCCUCUGGGACCAGCAAACACACAGACAUGCACAAACAAACAAACACACAUCACAAAACAAAAACAAUUUCUUCAGAAGCGGGUAUAUCAUACAAAAAUAUUCAUAAAAUGUACAUUUUGUACUUCGAAAGGCUGAUUAUAAAUAUUCUUCCAAAUUGACAUUUCUAUAUUCUUUGUGGUGGUUUUCCUCAGAAAAAAAUUGUCUAUUUUUGUAAAUUCAUGAACUACCUUAAAAUUGACUGCCAGUACUAUUUUAAUUGAUUUUUUUUUUUCAGUGUGACUUUUUAUUUCAUAACCUUCAAAUAUUUCUGGCUAUUGAUAUAAUUGUAAUUGUGUUGAUAUUUUAAUUAACUUUGUUGGAAGGAAUUAUUUGUAAAUAAUUCAGUUGAUGUGUUAUUUGACAUUUAUAAAUCAUGUAUUUUGAUUAUUUUAUGCGAUUAUAAUUCUAGCAAUGGACAUUUCUUUAAUUUGGAGGAUUGUCUUUCAUUCAAUGAGCUCUCAAGUAAAAUAAUAAAUAAUUGUAUUCGUUUAGUCUUAAACGGGGAAACUACAAAAAAUGUAGCUCUAAAUUCAGCUUUAUUUCUACCCACACAAAAGACAUAUGCCUUGAAACAAUUUGUUUUCUUUUGGAAAACUUUUCAGGAUAUAAAAAAGAAUGUAAAUGUCUUUCUGUCUUCCUGCAUAAUAUAUUUUAUGUAACAUUUGUCAUGUGAUGCAAGUACUGAAUAAAAAUGUGUUAACAUUUUACAUUA